AUGACGCAAACACCAAAUGCGGGGGAAGUUUAUAUUAUGGGCAGUCUAAAGAGUAGAAACCUGGACAUUCCGAGAUGGCGUGUACGCCAACAAAUAAAUAUUUUGGACCCAGUCGGAAGAGCAUUAACAAGACGGACGGCAAUUAAAAGAAGAAUCUACAAAGUAAAAGGUGCCAACUACUUAUGGCACAUAGAUUCGAAUCAUAAAUUAGUCAAUUUUCGACUGGUUUAUCAUGGGUGUAUUGAUGGUUACAGUAGAGCAAUAAUUUAUAUAGAAUGCCUUACUAACAACAGAGGCCAGAGUGUUCUGUCACUUUUUCAAAACGGUGUAAGGGAAUAUGGUAUACCCAGUCGAGUUCGAGGAGACAUGGGCACCGAAAAUAUUGCAACUGCAACCUACAUGAUUGAACAGAGAGGAUUAAAUAGAGGCAGUUUUUUUGUAGGAAGAUCGGUCCAUAAUCAAAGAAUAGAACGAUUAUGGUCAGAAGUAAACAGGGUGGUGACAAAGCAUUUCAAACAACUAUUUUGCUUUAUGGAAGAUGAAAACAUUUUAGACGAAAACGACGAAAUUGAUCUUUUUUGUUUAUGUUAUAUUUAUUUGCCGCAAAUUAAAAAAAGCUUAUGUGAAUUUAAACAACAAUGUAACUAUCAUCGGCUAUCUACUAUGAAUUCUAGAUCUCCGUUACACCUGUGGCGACCGUAA